GGAUCCCACGUCAGCUCUCUGAGCUCGUUCAGGUCGUUUCUUCACAAGGGCGGUGACGUGUUUGUGGGUAACUACUUGGAGGAGAAGGAGAAGCGCGCCCCAGCAGCUCAGCUCCUCUUUGUUAGUUACCUUGUAGAGCUGACAAGGCCUAAGGGCCACGAGAUAGGCGCUGUAGGCGACUAUUUCUGGUUGCAGAAGCCCUGGCUCAAGAAGAAGAAGGACCUGGAGGGUGUGCUCGCAGCAGGCAGCGACACAGCUCAGGCUGCCAGUAGUGUCCAGACCAGACGCUUCACUCCCACGGUUUCACUGGCGCUUCGGGCGCAAACAUUGGGUGGUGCAUCCAGCAGCAUGCAUGGCGCAGCAACUGCACCCUCCUCGCAAACAACACCUUGCCCAGUCUGCAUGCAGCAGCAAACUCACAGCAAUGCACGAGCCCAGCCCACCAGGACGCGCCUACCUCCGCCGUUGGGACCGACUGGAGGUCUGGAAACAUGUGCCAUGGCACGGUCGACGUGGCUACGGGUACUACACUCUCAAAUGGGGUAAUGCUGGAGGUAAGCA